AUGAAAUUCCAUCCUCUCCUUCAGCCUGCCCUGCCCGGUGGCGGCGGGAGUCGAUCUGCAAAACAAGGGGAAAACUGUUUGACACCAAGAAAGGAGAAAGGAGCGCCGUCGUCACACUGCUUUCGCACAGGCGUCGCAGCCACACCAGGAGAGAUUGCAAUUGAGUCAUUCUCCGAUUCUCAGAACCCAUGGAUCGAUUUGUGUUCACGCGUCGUGGCUGGAAAUAGCAUUCCUGCGGUGAAAUUUGUUGACAUUUAG